GUUUCUUUAUUUCUCUAGCAACGCGUCGGGCAAAGUACUUGGAGAUAGCUUGAUAAAUUUACGUACAAUUUUCAAGCCAAAUUUGAUGCGUUAAUGAAAUUAUCAAGGCAAGCAUCUCGACGAGCAGUGCUUAGCCUAAGUUCACCUGCGCGUGUCAUAGAGUGAGCAAUACAAAUACGACCGCAUCUGAAGUGUUGUUUUCAAUCUUACAUCCCAUAGGGUAUCUAGGGGAGCCGACUUCAAGAUUAGCUGCCGAGUGAUUUGACCUCAGAAAAGAACAACUUGAAACACAAUUUUUUGCUCGUGGAAGAAAAAAAUUUGGAAGGAAACAAAGAAUACUGUCGGAUAUUGUAGCUGGACUUCGAGCAGCCGGUCUUACAACUGAUAACUUGGCGAGUUAUACAGGAUGGGCACGACUUCACAAUUUGACGCGGCCGACAAAUCGAGAAUUUUGAUAAACGUUGGAGGAUUUCGGCACGAGACGCAUGUAUCAACACUCAAGAACAUCCCUGACACACGACUUUAUUGGAUAGCAGAAAACGUUUUAUCAGAUAGCUCGGAAAAACGUGAGUUUUUCUACGACCGCCACCCCGGCGCGUUCACACAAAUUUUAAAUUACUAUCGAACUGGAAAACUGCAUUAUCCAACGGAUAUGUGUGGACCAAUGUUUGAAGAGGAGUUGGGUUUCUGGGGAAUCGACGAAAAACAAAUGGAGCCGUGUUGUUGGGCAACGUAUACGAAACACCGCGAAGCAGAGGAGAAUUUGAAGGAGUUUGUGGGUCCCGUGUUUGAAGAUAUACAACAAAAUGACCUAGAGCGCUCUUCGUCUGAUAUCUCUGGCAUUAAUGAACGAAAGGACAAUGUUUGGAAAAGAAUACAACCAAAGAUUUGGAAUAUUAUGGACGAGCCGCACUCAUCGCAACUGGCGAAGGUACACUGUUUCUUCUUAUUUCACUCUUCUAUAUUUUAGAUUAUAUUAUUAUAUUUUUAUUACUUUACUUUCCCCCAUUUUACCACGAAACAUUACAAAUGCAAAAACUUCCGACCUUUUUUAAUAGCAUUAUUGUUAACUUCUGGCUUUUUGCGGCUUACGUUUCAAUAAAACUUAUUUGUGGUUUUCGUUGCGUACCAGGGAAAAACCAGACACUCCUCAAAAAAAUCAAGAUAUGUCAAUGGCAGUAAAUUCAAUUUAAAUUAAAACCCGUUUUUCUUUAUUUCUAUCAAAAUUUAAGGAAAUAGAGCUCUUGACUGUGGUAUCAACGCCCCAGGCGGCUAGUUUCGCUGGAACCGUCUCAUUCAGAUUGCAAAAAUUACGCCCGCAACAAUCAAUCCUCAAUGCAAAAUAGUCUAAUCAUUUUUUUUUUUUUUUCAAGAAUAAGUUCCGAAGGUAAAGGUAUGUAGACUUCGUUAAUGGUGUUCGUAUCUUGCCUCUCGAACUCGACAUUUCUUUGAGUCGCUCGCCACUGGUUUCAUUUUUUCCUUUAUAAACGAAGACAAAAGAUCAACCUUUAUUUUUCUCAGCCAAUUCUGAAAAAGCAUUUUAAGAUUGAACAGUAAACAGUAAAAUCUCUUUAUUUACUUUUUUUCCUACAAAGCAAAGACCAGGAUGCAACUAUAACACUUAAACGUGUUUCAAUGCACUCUUUUGGUGGAAAUCGAUAAAUAUUAUCCGGUUUGCACAUUUGGCAAUUUAUAGUAAAGAUAGUGGAAAAGAAAUUGCUUUAUUUCGCGAAAUGCGGUCUGGGUAGUAAAUAUCACCAACGAGGCAAACGUGUUCUUUAUUAAGCAGGGAAAAUAUGGAAAGUUCCCACUUUUCAGAGAGAAAAAAACAAAGAAGUUUAGGAUAUUAUAGGCGUAAACAUUGGAUGCAUUAUCAAAGUAUAAACGCAUUAGGCUCAGGCAGUGAGAGUAGAGCUCAAUUUCCUCAAAAUAAACAGAAAGAUACUUAUAAGAGCGCCAUUACAAAAAAAUUCAUUAAACGCUAUCGCAAAUAUGCGACAAGCUAGCUCUUGUUGCCAUCAAGCUAUAAGCAGGCGGUCGAUCGGAAAACGAAUUUGACCACAAGAGCUAACAUCAUGGCGGAUGUAUCUUUAAUUAACUAUCGCUAAUAUAAUUCAGGUUUUUAAAGCAGUCAAUUUGUUAGCCAAUAAGAACGCACAGUGAAACAGGUGUUGUUUACGUCACUAAAUGUAAUCGACGUUAUUAAUUGUAUUGUGUUGACUUGUUUGCAUUAAAAGCGCCGCGCUUAGAGGUCUUUUGUUCGCGCGAUUAAAUGCGCUAAAAUUAAGCGCUUUCAGUCCCGAUAAAGACUGCAAAAAAUCCUCAAAUCUAUUGAGCAAAACAUUUAAAAAACAAAGCACAACAUACAAUUGAAUAGUAAGUGUAAAUCUCGCAUUCAGGUUUCCAAGGGCAGAGUCAAACAUCUAAUCAUUCCUUUCAAAUUUUAGCAAAAAGCUUCCACCGGAAAGUGCCUGUCAUAACUUUUAUUUCGAUGGUCUCACAUCAGGAUUUAUCAACACACUAAGAAGUUUUACAUGUAACCACCAUAUACAGUUUAAUGAAAAGCAUAGAGAAAGACAAAACUAACAGCAAAACAGAAAAGUAGUCGGGAAUUGAUGACUCGGACUAAGACAUAACAACCAGAUUAGCCACUUGGAACCCGAAUUUCCGGAAAAUACAAGGUUUAAGACCAUUUCAACGUCUCUUUCAAUAUUUCUGGUUCCAAUAACACAUCCCACACACUUGUCAUAAAAUCUGGGAUAUAAAAACUGAAAUUCAGAAAUUACGAGAAGUCUUUUACGCAAUGCUUACACGCAGUUUUUUUUUCUGAAACUGAUUCGUUCUGGAAGUUAACAAAAACCGAAGCCCAUAUCACAAUAAAAGGCGCAGGGAUAAACAUGCAAAAGCUAUCUUUUUAAAACCGACUAAUCUUAACCUUGUCACUGCCAGAGCAACUGAUAGAGUCUUCUAGGGUGGUUCUAACUAUUGACUCUGAGCACAAAAUCCUAUGGUAUGACCAUUCAAAUGAAACCUCUUCAGCAGUACUUUCACAUGGUACUAUUUAUUUAUUAUGCAUUUCUAACUUUUGUGUCUGUGGAUGAAAUCCUAUGGUGUUACCAUUCAAAUAAAACCUCUUCAGCAGUACUUUCACAUGGUACUAUUUAUUUAUUAUGUAGUUCUAACUUCUGCGUCUGUGGAUGAAAUCAUGUGGUGUUACGUUCAAAUGAAACCUCUUUAGCAGCACUUUCAGAUGGUACUAUUUGUUUUGUAUGUAAUUUUAACUUUGGAGUAUAUAGACAAAAUUCUAAGGUAUGACCAUUCAAAUGAAACCUCUUUAGCAGUACUUUCACAUACUUUCCCCUCUCCCCUGUUGGACUCUCUUGGGACUAAAAGGAACGACAAGCCGAGUUAAUUAUCGGCAAUUUCAGGUGCAACUCCACAGCCAUGCACAGAAAUCCUCUCUGGCAACUGCAGCUUUUACUCAUCUUACGUUUCAUUUAGAUUAUUUGUUUGUGAUUUUUUGAGUGGAGUGUCAGUAAAAAGCUAGAGAAGCUUGGUGCACUUACACUAUAAACAUUGAUUUGCAUUUUACAUUUACAUUGUAAUUCAAGGUGACUGUGUCCAAUUCUUCUUCCAAAAACAGUCUCUAUGACUGAUUAUCAGUCUCGCCUAUUGCCUCUUCCAACACCACUUUCAAGAAUUUUUUUCUUUACCAUACAAUCCCUUCAAGCUUAUCCCCAACAACUCACCCUCAAAAAACCCAUAUGGGUACAUAUAUGUAGUUCCCAUUGGGUUCCUAAGUGUAAGACUCCCCAUCUAGAGUGGGGUAGCCUGCAAGUAUCAGGGCUUCCAUUGGGGUUAGGAGAAAGGAGAUGUGAGAUCUUCCCUUUGAAAUAAAUAAAUUCGGUUAUUUACCCUUGGCAGCAUUUCUAGCACUAAUGCUAGUGGGGCCAAGCAAAUAGCCUGAAACAAAUAAUCUAAAUCAAAUUUAACAGGGUUACGAAUCCCAACUGGCAAGAGGCAAACCAGCUGGCUAUUCACAAGCAUGGCCAAGGAUAUGAACUCGGAUAACCGAGAGCAAAUCCAGAUAGCAGUCAGGGUGGUACUUGAACUCAGAGCCUCUGAAUUGUAAGUCCAGGGCUUUAACCACUUGGCCACGUUGCCAUCUCUUUUUUGCUUUUUCUUCGCCCUUUCCCCCAGAAAUACCUGAUACCCGAGCUACAUGUAAGAACGGGGUAUCUAAUUCAACAUGUUUCCCAGAUCAGGGUACAAUGCUGAACAUACAGCAGUAUUGUGGGGAUUUUAGGGAUAAUAAAACAAAAAAUUCAAAUGUAACAUAACAUGGUUAAGAAUCCCAACUGGUAGGAAGCAAACUAGUUCGCUUUUUUACAAGCUCGGCCAAGGAUAUGAACUUGGGACUACCGAGAACAAAUCCAGCCCGCAGUCAGGGCGGGACUUAAACCCUGGGUCUUCAGAUUACAAGUUCAGCUCUCUAACCCCUCAGCCACUCUGCCUUCAUUAUAGAAUGAUCUACAAUGACAAUUAAAAUUUGGCCUAUUUCCAGAACAGGGUUCCAUAUCAUUUUGAAUAUGCGAUUUUCUUGACUAAAACAAGACACAAAUUUGAAGACAGGUCCUCGGUAGUUCAAUUUUACUGCUAGUGUCAUCCACCAGAUAAAGUACUACCCAGAAGGUAAAUAUUAGGGAAACCAAUUGUGUUAUACAGUGGAUAGAGAUUUAUCCACUGGAUAGCGUUAUCAACCUUUCGAGUAACUGGGGCUUGUCAGUAAAUUUCCACCUUCAUUUACCCGAGCACCCACCCUGAGCUCAAACUACACCUGUAACACCCAUUUUUGCUAAGAGAAUGGUAGCAGUAGGCUUGUAUGUGUCACAUUCACUUCAGUUCUUGUAACAAUACAAAAUGCAAGAUUCCACACCACCCCAUACAUUUAUACAUUUUAUCACUUAAUUUCUAUUCAUGUUUUUUCUACUUUUAUAAUUCUUGGUUUGCAAUCACAUGACAAGGCAGCCAUGUUAGUGAUCAAUACGACAGAGUUUUUCUCAAAGAAUUUACAUGAAAAUGGAGUUUAGUUCCCACAGGAGAAAGAUGUUUCUGUUCUUGACCGCCAACAUGGCCGCUGUGACGUCACUUGCAAAUCAGCAAUAAAAUACAAAAAAAUGAAAAGAUGAUGCAAAACUCAGCUGUGUAUAGGGCCAUGUAUGAAUUUUAAUACCUUGAGAACACUGUAUUUUUUUAGGGGUCGCGCAAGCAAACACACGCUAGUUUACUCCAGACAGAGAACCGCAUAACAAACCACUUAGCUUAUACUGUUACAGUUGAUCGGAGAGGGAAUGCAUAUGUGAUGAUGUCAAGUUAAACUAUCACCACCUAUUUUGAGCCGUUUGAGCAGCAGUUUGUAGAAAAUACAAAUCAAAUCCCUCGUGUGCAAUAAUUAUAUUUCAAACGGACUCAAAUAAAACGACACAUAGGUUUCUUACCUUAUUUUGAGCCAUUGUUCCAGCGACACAUCUUCGUCCGGGGAAAUCACGCCAGUGGCACAUCAACACAGAAAUCCAUAUUACAAGUAACAAAGGGGGUAUUUACCCACAUAAAACUGUUCCCUGCGUUUUUUCUUCUUUUUUUGUUGAUUCAACAAAGUUCCUGCGUAUUUUUUGACGUUUUGGGGGUAGUUUUGAACAGUGCUUUCAGCUGAAUCUUUCGCAGAUUCAAAACAAUCCCGCGCGAUAUCCCAUGACUAUGUAACCGCUCCAUUUCAACUUUGUAACCUCACCAUCCCAUACCCAAAAAGCCUGGGAUUGAGGACGGUAGCCCAAUAAAAUAGACCUCUUUAGCUUGUUUGUUUUUGUUUUUGUUUUUGUUUUUUUUUUUUUCCAAUGAAAGUCACGCGAUAAUUGGAUAACACUCUAGAAAACUGUUGCAUUCAAAUUUCGGACCUUCAUUGGGAAGCUAAAGAUGUCUAUUGGUUUCCUCAGUAAACUAAGAAGGAUAAACCACUUGCCGUGUGGAGGGUAAGGCGCUCUAAAAUAUGAAUUAAAGCAAUAAUUCCAGUUUCAGUGACAAAAAGCCCCUUGCGUUAACCCUCGUCGCGUAAAGCAGGCUAUCUCAUGACCCUUCUGGUUAGAAUCCUUUUUUACUGUCCUUCUAUGUAAAAAAAGGCUUUUACACUUGAAUUAUUAGCCCGCGAAACGUGCCCAGCGGCGAGGAGCAAGGCGAAACGGCUGUUUUCGCAGACUACACAAUCAUUUGCUUUCUAUUUUCUUUCACAGGUUGUGUCAUAUCUUUCUUGUUUCUUUAUAAGCCUGUCUAUAGCUGCAUUCUGCGUCUCGACUUUACCUGGAAUUCGCGAGGAGAAAAAAGGAGAAAUUAUGGGACAUCAAGAAGGAUUGGCCGCUCUUGAAAUCGUCUGCAGCAGCUUUUUCACCCUGGAAUUCCUGAUCCGCGUGACAUUUUGCCCGAAGAAAAUUGAAUUCGUUAAAAAGCCCAUGAACUGGAUUGAUUUGAUAUCGAUUAUGCCAUUCUACGUCAGGUAUAUCUAUGAUGAUAAUAUGGUGAAAAUGUUUCUUGUAAUCCGAGUGCUGCGAUUAUUCAGGUAUGGGAUUAUAGUCCUAGUAAAGGUGUUUUUGAGCGACGCACUUUAACCUAAAAUGAGGUUUUUUGCCUUUUUAACAUACCUUAACGCUACCUAAUUAUUACAGCCUAAUGUGAAUCUUUUAUCUCAUAGAGAUAACUUGCCUGAAAAUUUAGGAAAAACUGCUCCCAAAUUGUAGUUUUUAUCUUAUGAGAAAUAAUAUACAACUAUCCCCCGACGGGAAGGUGAAUAGUGAUGGGUGUGCAUGAAAAUAAAUUUCUACCCACCAGUAAACACCGACAAGCCACGCUUUCUUGGUAUUUGUUUGUACGACUGCUUCAUUAAUCGCUAAAAUUUCGUCUUCAGAAAAUGCUAUUCACUGAUUUGGUAAAUACUAAAGACAUUUAUUAUUUUUUUAUUAUUAUUGUUAGAAUGCAAAGUCCACUUCCGGUUAACGUGCGUCGCUCUCGGAACAUAACCUGCGGCAGGCGUAAAAAGGAGAGGGGGAAGGAAGAAAAGCCCUCCCUUUUCCCCUUCCUACCAGUCCCCUACUCCUUUAAGUGUUAUUUGAAGUUUGACUUUUUGUUUUUAUUUUUGGGGAGCGAGGGUGCCGCAGUGGUGGGAGCUCUCGCCUCCCAUCUAUGUGGCCCGCCGGGUUCAAAUCUCGGCGACGUUGCGUUUCUUAUUUAAUGUUAUUUCUUUUCUUUGCCAUGAAAUGGUUUUCUCCGAGCACUCCUCUUUUCCCUUCUCCUCCAAAACUAAAAUGCCCUACCUCUAAAAUCGUUAUCUAUUUUAUUAUUUUGAUUGUUUGUUUUUUUGUUGUUGUUGCUUUUUUCCUCUCCGUUUUCUUUCUUCCUUUACUUUUGUUCUUCAUAAUACAGGGUUUGUCAAAAUUUGAAAUAUAAUGCAACAAUACAAGCGUUCGCGCGCGCCAAAGUCAAAAGCGCAGCAUUUAUAGCUAGUCAAUUGAUGUCAUGGUUGGGAGUAAUGAAGAGAUCUUAGAGUCGUUUCGCGUGUGUGAUUUCUCUGAACCAAACAAUUAUGUCGUAUUUGUUUAUUCACUCAAAGAAGGCCAGUUCUAUGAGCUAAUAGGUAUAUAAACACUUUUUAUUUUUCAGGUUUGUGAAACUGUCUUACGGAUUACAAAUCAUGAUUCACACACUGAAGGCAAGUUCACAUGAGCUGGUUCUUCUCUUGUUGAUUCUCCUCAUCCCAGUUGUCAUGUUCUCUAGCAUAGUUUACUACAUUGAAAUCAUGAUCGACGAAAAAUCCGAGUUCAGAUCCGUUCCACAGUCAUUCUGGUGGUGCCUCAUUACCAUGACAACCGUAGGUUACGGUGACCUUACCCCGCAAACGUGGCCGGGAAAAAUCAUCGGUGGCGCAUGUGCUGUCUGUGGCGUGUUGAUCGUUGCGUUGCCAAUCUCUGUCAUCGGCAGCAACUUCAGCUUGUACUAUGCGCAUGCGCAAGCGAGGCUCAAGCUUCCAAUGAAACAACAUCGUUUAGUGCUUGGGGGUGUUCCGGGACUGUUAACAAAACACCAGGAACUAAGCUCCCGUAGGAAGAAAAAGUCGGCCGCAGUGCCAAGUAUCGACCCAGAGAUGAGCAUGGUAACCGAACGUACCUCGCUCAGAUCUUCGAUGCCUCACAGCCCUUUGCUGGAACUGCGUAGGGUCUCAAAUAAGCAUGCGCAUGACUCGGAAAAAGAACUGGUCGGAGAAGAGGAUGAGAAAGGUACCACAUCUCCUUUGCUGAGGCCCAGUCCUCAGAUGCAACCGAGAGGUGAGAAAGUAGGAGUCACCCUUCGUAAAGAUAUUAACACGGAAUCCAUCAGGAAAUUGCGUAAUCUUAAUUUUCAGUGGACAAAAAUCCUUGUACUAGAAUGAUUUAAACAAUAUCGCAUUCUCAGUUUACAUUUUUCAAGGGCUAUAACCGUAAUAAGUUAUCUGUAAUAACAAAAAAGAACAUUUGUUAUAAGAGCCCGAGAAAAGAAAUGUCAAGUUUUACAAAAUGACAUCUUACACAUGAAGUUUUCAGAAAUUUACCUACGUUUUCACAAUUCAUGUGAAAUUUGACGUUUAUUUUCUCGGGUUCCCAUGACAAAUAGUUUUUGGUGUUAUUACAGAUAACUAAUUAUAUAUAUAGCCCUUGAAAAAUGUAAAAAAGAAUGCGAUUUUCUUUAAAUUAUACUGGUAUAAGGAAUUGUCCACUGAAAAUUGAAAUUUCUCAACUUCCUGAUGGAUUCCGUCUUAAUCGCUUAGUAGGAGACUGGUUAUUAAAGGUGGCAAACAUCAAAGAUAAAAGCAACGGUGCUACAGUUUACGCCCCGGGGGGGGGUACUGCCAUAUAUGGGCUUUUCAAGCAGUUUACUCUGGGAUAAGGUAUAUAAAUCAGAACAUUUGGGUCUAGAAUAGGGUAUCAUUUUUUAGGAAACUGAUCAGUUGGUUGAAGAUUUUACCCAGACUAGGGAUUGUGGUAUAAGGUUUUGUUUUGGCUAGACUGUGCUAGUGACCUCCGUAGUUUCUGGAAAACAGCUACUUUAGGAUAGGGGGGAUUUGGGGAGUUUACUCUAGUAUAGGGAAGCAAAAUUCAGCUGCACGAGCUCUGGUAUAGGUUAAGGGUUCCAGGGUCCCAGCGGCACAUCCCCACCCAGAAAUUCCUAAAGUAGCCCCCCCCCCGGGAGUUUACGUUGGAAGCUCCCUGACGGUUGACAAUCCUCUUUUUUUUGCUAUCAAAUUGUGACGGAAGAAAUUAAAGCAACGUAUUUAUUAGUAAAUAAGAUCAAAAUGAUAGGGAUGUUAUCUGAACGUUGUGCACCUUUAAGUCCACAAAAACAUAUAACAAAAGAGUCAGACAGAGUUCAUAACUGUUCCACUCUAUUAAUUAUGCUGAAAGGUCAGACUAGAGAGGCCGUAAAAGGCACUAGGGACUUUAAGGGCCUGAUUACAAGGAGGUGAGGGACCCCAGGCAAGUGAGGUAAAAUAUGGCUGGUCACCCCACCUAUCAUGUAAACGUGAUCAAAUAAAAAUGAGAGGUUAUAUGGACAAACGGGUUACCCCACCUAAACGGGUUACCUCACCUACCUGGGGUCCUCCAACUCCAUGUAAACAGGCCCUAAGAUCCAAAGACGCGACAGCAACGAGAACGUCGCUUAAAAAGUGAAUUUGCGUUCUUUCAGUCUUAAUCGCGAUUAUUCCUACUUACUUACUUUUGCAAAUGUACGCGAACCCUCCUGAAUUUGAAUUCCAAGGGACCAUAUUCAAGUUCAGGAAGCGAAAGAUAAUUUCGUCGUUGCUUGUUUACGUUCUCUGUGCCAUAAAACACGAAAUUAGGCAUUUUCACGUCGUAAUCAUCGUGCAAAAAUGGCAAAGAAAUGUACAAAAGAGCGUGAUGCACGUGCAAAGUUGUUGUUUUGCUUAUUAAACCUAUUGUUUUGUUAGACGUCCUCGUUGACGUCGCGUCGUUCACUUAAAGUCCCUAAUUUUUUUGAGUGAUGCACGCCAACGGAAGUUAAAACUUUUUCCUUUUAAUACGCCUUGGUGAUACCAAAUUUCUAUUGCUAAGUGUCUUUACUCCUACAUAAAAGAUUUGCCCGCAAAAUUGGGCAAAACCACUGCUCAAGAAUGCAAAAAGUCCACUUCCGGUUGACGUACGUACGUCCUCUUCCGGUUGACGUGCGUUGGUCAGAAACGUCUUUACCACUGAGGAAUAAAAGCCGUGACCCUAGGUUAACAAAAUAUCAGGUUUUAAUUCGGUUUGAUGCUCCCUUUACAGGCCAGCCAGACAAAGUCAUAUAUUCAAGGAGAAGACCGCGGCGAACAUCCGGGACGCUGCAGCUUCCACGUAAAUCCGUCCAGGAAGAAAUUGAAGAAGGAGAGGAAGUGCAGCAGCAAGCUAAUGCAUUGUCACAUGACCUAUCACGUGCAAAUCAAGUGACCACUGAAAACCAAAACAAGAAAUUUAGCUGCAAUGCAAAUCCUUCGCCUGACCGGCCAAAUUCAGAUCGGGAAUCAGUUGCCAUGGUUCAACCUUUUUGCAGGGCGCAUUCUCCGAUUGGAAAUAAUCUGAAAGAAAAAGAUGUCCAGAAUACUGUCAAAGAGCAACCGGAUCCCUUUGAUUCUCUGGAACGUUUACAAAAAGAAAAUAUUCGUGCAAAGUGGUUUCUUCAAGACCCGAAUUCUCAAGUGCCUACAGAAAAAGCCACCCCAAUCAUAGUAAACGGAGAUAUAAACUCGUUUAAUUCAUCGCAAAGGCCUUUACUGGGACAGAGCCCAGGGUCAACGGAGGAAUUGGACAGCAAUCAAUUAUAUCCCAUAAGUCCACUAAAGAAACGAAAAUCCUUUUCGGACUCUCUUUUGUGUACGGUUCCACAAGAUGAAGAUCAGAGACAAAGAGGCGAUUUGGUUAAUGGCUUGCCAUCUGACCAUAGCAUAGAUAGAGGAGGUAGUUCAGUCAAACCCAAUUCAAAGGAAUCCAAUUCUCCUAACUCUCAGCAAAAAGGAUCCCCUUUAUCCAAUAAAAAGGUAUUGAAUACCAACGGACCUUGCAGUAAACAUAGUGACGAGGAGACAAUUUCGUCUCGUAACAGAACUACGACACACCCAUGUUAUGAUCCAUUGGAUUUUUCAAAAAGAAGACGGAACGCCGCGUGUACAGUUGGAAUCUUGCCUCCCUCUGAGAGAGGUAGUGAGAGUGAUUUCUUGGAAACGAAUAUUUAGUACUAUUUAGGGUGUGGUUAUGUUAAUACUACAGGUGGAGAAGCCAAAUAAACAAUUUUGAAUGCUCAAGUUCAUGAUGACAAAACGAACGGAUAUCAGUAGAAUUAUAUAACAUUAGGGCCAUUUAUACGAGGGAAAAUGAGAAGCGUGUUUCAUUAGACGCUAGACUAGCUAGAAGUCGACCUCUCAUGAGUUCUUAAAAGCUAGCGAAGCGAGCUUCAAAGCAUGACGUCGCUCAGCCACCUCGCGAGCGACGAAGUCUCGAGGUCGACUUGUUUCGCCUGAACGGAUUUGAAUCAUCUUAUUUAUUCACGCGGGAAAAAAAUAUGAUUGACAUAUGCUGUGUCGGGAGCGGCGUAAAAUAUCACUCACUGUCCUAUUGGUCAAUUGUCAUGACGUCACCGGUAGAAUUUUCGACAGGUGAAUUUGGCGCCAAACAGGUAUGAACAGUCCUUUAAAAUGGCAUAACCAACAAAUAAAUAAAGGACUUUUAGAAAGUCUAAUUAGACGCGUCGUGAUUAAGACGCAAACUAUCCCACAAGACGCGACUUAGCUAAGACGUGUCUUAUCUAAGAACAGUUGUUAAGGGCCGUUCUUAGAUAAGACGCGUCUUACUUUUCCUCGUAUUAAUGGCCCUAUUGUUUAGAGUUGUUUAUAGUAUUCCAUUGCGGUCAUAUAUCUCUUGUCAUUUAUAUUGGA